CAAUGUACGAGGUCCCGUCCGACGAUCGGUGUUCCACUGUGUCCGGAGGACACAGCGAGCACCGGAUCACAGUGCUGCGCGCUCCCAGGGAGCACGCACAAGCAGGGUGCGGGGAGGCCGCUGUGUGCGUUCCCUGGGAGCGCGCGGCACCGCGAUCCGGAGCCCACUGUGUCCUCUGUGUGAAGUCCUGAUUCAUGUGAUCCCUGAUUGGCCAAUCAGGGAUCACUCGAAUAGUAGUAAGCAAGAUGUCACUUCCUGACAUCAUUGCUUACUACUAGCGAAAUGUGUGAAAGAUCACCAAGGGCACAUGGUACAAGGCUAUUCACAACAGCAUUGUACCAUGUGACAAGCUGUGACCAAUCACAGCUCUCACAGUA